AUGUCGGAUCCAAUUGAUGAUUUAAAAUCAUUUUUUUCAACAACGAAAUCAUUAAAAACCAAAGGAAAAGAUUUUUUACAACUUUAUAAACAAAUAACUGAUUAUAAGAAAACAAACAAACAACGAUCGGAUAAACUUAAUGAAUCUAUUAUUAAAUUUAUUCAAUUUUCUUGUGAUUUAGCCAGUAAUCAAGAAUAUAGUUCAAUUUGGCAAUCACUCGUUGAUAUAACAUCCGAUAUUGCUAAUUCAUACGGUUCAUUACAUUCGGGAAAUGAUGCACAUAAUUUUGAUGUUUUCUUCAAACCAUUACUUCAAGAAAUCGAUAAUGAAGAACAUUCAGAUCUCUAUAAAUUUAUUGAACGUCUUCUUGCUAAAAUGAAUCUUGGCUUUAAAAUAGCAAUCAGCGAAUAUUUUCGAAAACUAUUUUUCGAUGCAUUUGCUUCAAAUGUAAAACGUAAAUUAAAAGAAAGUUAUGAUUUAUUUCGUAUUAUUCAUGUACAUAUACCAGAAAUAAUUCCACCUAUUUUAACUAUGCAUCAAACAUUUUUAAAAAAUCCAAAUCCAGAUCAACGUGAAAUUGGUAUUCGAUUUAUAGUCGACGUUCUUACAGGAGUAUAUACUAUUAGAGAAGAAUUACAUACUGAUGUUCUCGAUGAUUUUCGUAAAAGUUUUCAUGAAAAAGAUAGUGAAGCUCAACGAAUUGUCAUUGAAAAUCUUGCAAAAUAUCUUCUCCGAAAAACUUAUAUCACUAAUAUUCUCAUUGAUGAUUUGAAAAAAUGUUUUGAUGCUCAAAUGAUCUCUCCUCAACUUUUAUGUGUUCUUGUCGAUCAAAUAAGUUUAGCAAUUAAAGAAUGCUAUCAUGCAACACCAGAUUCUCUUCUUAAUUUACUUUUUACUGGAUGUAAUCAUUCAACAGCAAAUGUAGCAAUUAAUUGUGUAGAUACAAUUGCAUAUCUUUAUCGUCUUUAUUAUGUUAAAGAUCCAUAUCCAUCACCAACUCGUUCACGUCUUGAUGUUGUACCAAGAAUUGUACUUCAUACAGCAAUUAAACAUUCUGAUUUAAUCGUUCGUAUUGAAUCUCAAACACGUUUUUUUGAAAAUAUUAUUUUUGAACAUUAUCGUAUUGACGAGCGAACUCGUCAAUUUUUUAUAUUUGCUCAAUCCGAUCUUGGUGAUGAGGGUGUUAAAAAUUAUGGUCAAUUACUUCAUAUUCAAUCUGAAUUACGAUUACUUUUGCAUAAAGCACUUGUUAAAUGUUGUACAACAAGUGAAAAAAGUCUUAGUAAAAUGAGUACAAGUGAUAAUGAAGAGGAUUUAACACCUGAUCUUGAAGAAUUAGAUAGUGAAAAUGAGGAUGAACAUUUAAAACUUUCUCAUAUUUUACAAAAACUUAGUGAUUUAUGUUUUACUCCAAAAGAACAUGGUGUAAAAAAAUUACGUGAAUGGAUUAUGAAAUCCGAACCUAAAGCAAGAGAACAAUUACAAUCAAUGUCAUACUUAACUAUCGAUCAAUCAACAUUGACAACUAAUAUGGAUGAUUCAACAGCAACAAUUAAUGAAGCUGUUCAACUUGUUGAAGAUCGUUUAGCUAGUCGUGUAUCAAUUGUUUUUUCACAUGAUUUUCUCGAAGAAUUUCCUUUAUCUGCACAAACUUAUUUUAAUGAAGAAGCAUUACUAGAAGAACAAACUGAUGAUGAUAAUGAUACUGAUGAUAUUGAUUCAUCUUCUUCGAUUUCAACGGAUAAUCGACAACAAAAUGAACAAUGUCAACAUCGUUGUAUUAAACAAAUGGGAAAAUUAACUAAAGUACUUCGACCAUAUUUCGAAAGUUCAAUGGAUGUUGAAAUUUUAGAAAAAUUUAUUGAGAUUAUCGAUGAAAAUCGACCUGUACUUAGUACAUUUGUUUUUGGUAUCUUAGCUGAAUUUGGUGCAUUACUUGGUCCAGGUACAAUAAAAGCUGCCCUUAUUGAUCGUCUUGUUGAUGUUUUGGUUGAUGCUAUUAAUAAAGGUGAUACAACAACAAUGGGUAAAUGGGCAAUGCGUGCACUUGUACCAAUUGUUGGAUCAAAUGAACAACAAUUAGAACAAAUUAUUACACAUAGUCUAUUUGGCAAAACAAAAACCUCCUGGUGGUCCACAGAUGGUUCUGCAUCAUCAUAUCGUUGGUUAUUAUUAAGUCAUAUUGUUAAAUAUGCUCCAUCAACACGUACAAUGUUUAAUAUACUUCAACAAAUAAUCAAAGUUAUUUUACGACAUUUUCCAAAUAGUAAAAGUUCAACUGAAACUAUGAAAUCGUUUGAUGAUGUUUCUGAUGAUAUACAAAUGAGAGCAAAUCAAUUAAAAUUUCUUUCACGUUCAGCAAAUUGUAUUCGUAUACAACGUCAUGGAAAUUCACUUUUGGAUGAUAAUGAUGAUGAUGAUAAUGAAGAUGCUGAUGAUGAAGAUCGUAUUGAUACAAUUAAUUUACUUAUGAAAUUUUUACUUAAAUUAAUUAAAGAUGUUUUUAUGUUUCCAAAAAAUGAAAUUGGUCGACAUUAUUUACAAUUACAAGCAUCAUUUGAAGUACUUCGUAUAUUAGAAAUUUCUGAAGUUUUUCAUAGUUUUUCACCAACAAAUUAUGUUGAAUUAUUUGCUGCAGCAACGCAUCAAAAUAUUCAUGUUCGUCAUCGUUUUCUUCAACGUAUUUUAAAUAAAGUAGCACAAUGGAAAUUAUCAGUUUUAUUUCUUGGUUUUACUAUUGCUGUACCAAAUGAUGAUGAAGAUUUUACAACAGGAAAAAAUCUUAAAUCAGUUAUGGAACGUUUAUAUUCAUUAGCUUCAAAAGGAUCAGUUGAAGCUAUGCAACGUUUAUUACCAGAAAAAAGUAUUUCAUUAAUGAUUUAUUUACAUGCUAAUAAUCGAAGUCUUGUUUUUGAAAUUGAUCGAGAAGUUCUGGAAUCAAUUACAAAUUCUGUUAAAUGGAGUUUACGUACAAUUGUACAAGCACGUGAAAAAACUGAUAAACGAUUUCAUGGUGCUAUACCAAAGUUACUUCAUUCAAUAAAACAUAGUCGUUCAAAAGCUGAUCCACUUGAUGAUAAUCUUCAUCAUCGUAUUUAUUUAGUUGUCGAUAUAUUUCAAUCAAUAUUUGCUGAUUUAUCUCCACUUGAAGCUUAUGAUUUUGCUGAUACACGUAAUAAUUUAUCUGGUGAACCACUUCUUUUUACACAACCAGAUUUUACAAAUUUAAAUACAAAAUCUUAUUUACCUGAUUUUUAUAAAGAAAAGAAAGUAACAAAACGUUCGAAAAAAGAUAUAACUAUGAUAUCUGAUAAUGAACAUACCGAUAAUGAAAGUGAAUAUAGUGAAAUGGCUAUAACACCAACAACAACAAUAGCUGCUGAUGAUGAAGAUGAUGAUGAAGAUAAGAAAAAGAAAAAGAAAAAUUUACCAAAUAAAAAACGACAACGAAAUCGUGCUAUGGAACCACCAUCAAGUUCAAGUGAAACAAUCGAUGAUGAAGAAGACAAACAAAUGCAACAAGAAGAAAAAGAAAAUGAAAAAAAAACUCGAAAACGUAAAGUUUCAUCAUCAGCUCGGUCAACAAAACGACUUUCAAAAUAA